GACAGAACACAACGCCCAACCCAAUGAAUCACAUCAGGUGGUUCAUGGCAUACGAAGCAUAGCAGUUGUGAAUUAGAGAGUUUAUUGGAAUUUUGAGUGACUUUGGGAUUAAUUGAAAGUGUUAUUAAAAAAUGGUAAAAUACAGCUGGGUCCUUGUUGUGGGGCUUCUUGGCUGUUUUACAACAGGUACAAAUGCAGUUCGUUGCUACCAAUGCAGUAGUGAUACAGACAAGAAGGGUGAAGAUCUCUGUGGGGCUUACCGACCCUUUGACAAGACUAAAAACAUAGCAGUGGAGUGCAACUCUGAAGACUCCCACAUGCCCGGAACAUUUUGUGUUAAGGAGGUUCAGCACGGUCCUCGUGGCUUCAUCUGGGAUGGACGCCCACGUCAAGUAAUACGCAGAUGUGCCUCAGUAGCUAGUACUGGUGUGACUGGAGUAUGCAAUUGGGGUAUUUAUGAGAAUGGUGUUUAUUGGGAGCAAUGCUACUGCUCCGAUGAUUCGUGCAAUAGUGCCACUGGAAUUUCAGCAAGUUUUGUCCUACUCAUUCCAUUAUUUUCCCUGCUACCUAUGUACUCUUUAACGUAGGACAUCGAAUGAUACUUUACUCGUGGAAUAUAUUCCAAAAAGCUGAUCUAAAAAAAAAAUUCUAAUCCGUGAAGCUCCAUUUAAACGCACGAAAAGUUACCCAGAUUAAAAAAAAAUUCACAAUCAAUUCAAUUCAAUCAAUCAAUCAAUCAAUUCAAUUUUACGAAAAAUUCUAUUUCAAGUUCAAAGUCCAGAAUCUCAAAUCGAAAAUGUUUCUUUUGCAGCUACGUUUUUUAAAAACUAUUUAGCAUAAAAAUUUGAACAAAAAUUAGAGUUAAUAUUUUAUACGACAGCGACCUUAAACUCGACCAUAGCAUCUCCCAGCGGAGGUACAAUGCCGUCCAAUAGAAUUAAACAAUGGCAAAUACCGAUUAAAAUAUCAGAUGCCGAUAAAUUAACGUCAGCAAUAUAUAUACUGUAUUGUUUCAACUAAUAUCAUCAAAAAAUCUUAUAUUUUUAUCUCGUCAAGGGAGGAAAGAAUAUUGAAUAUUUACUUUACUUGGUAUGCAGCUACCAAGAAUUCCAUUACAACAAUUGAAAUGCAAGAGAACCUUGGUGUGCCUUAGUUGCUCUGAGAACAAUGAGCAAAAGUGAUUAACCUCGUGAAUUAUCCGAGAAGUAACGAUGUAAUGCCGACAAAGAUUUAAAGCCUCGCCCGAGCAAUUAAAUCAUGGGCAUGAGGUAUUUAGGAGUAUUUAGGUGGUAUUGGAAUGAGCAAUCAAACAGCGGAUACUAAGUCUCUGAGAUAAUUUUAACCCUCUUUCUCUCUGGUUAUUUUUUAUAAUUAACGAAAUUUUAUUCUACAAUUCCACAAUCAAGUGUACAUAAUUAUAUGCGAGCACUUUUUGCAUUCAAGUACUAAAUGUCGGUACUGGAUUAAAUCAAGUACUGUCUGAACGAAACCGUCCAUUUUUAUAGACUUUUGUAUUAAGGAAAAAAAUUUAUAACAAUUUUAUUAUUGUACUAUUUUCGUAAAUGAUUUUAUGAUUUUCGGGAGAAAUGGUAAAGAAGAUAUCUUCAUAAACAUUUACUUUGUGUGGAUCACAAAUACCUGAGUGUUUGUGUAUUUCGUAAAAUUCAUGAUAAAAAUUAAUCUGAUAUGUGCCCUCAAACCCCUUCUUUUCAAAAAUCAAACUGUUUACCAUUUCUCUGCCGAAAUAAUUGAUUAAUCAACUUGUUGUAGAUAAUUUAUUAUUUGGAAUGAUGAAAUAUUACAGUGAUUUCAUUCAGCUUCCGCAGAAUCUCAUUUCCUAACUGUUAAGUAACAAAUGUUAAGCACAUAAGUUAGUACCAAUGUUUUAAUACUGCAGUAUAAACGAUUCAACUGCCAGAAGAGAAAAGUUGAUUACAAUUUUAUAAAUAAAAAUGGAAUGAGACUAAAAUGUGGAAAGUUAUCAUUAAAAUUUUUUACAAAUAAAACUUUGUACGAUAUUCA